UAAUAUAAAAAGGAGCGAUAUUGAGUUGUAUAUAGUAUAGUGCAUAUGCUUUAAUCGUGCAGGCUAAGCUAAGCAAAGAUAAAGAUUCGAAGGAAGAGAAAACUAAAAUGGCUGAAUUAGGAGGAGAUGUUAUCGGUGUUCAUACCGUUGACUCCUGGAAGGAACAGAUCCAGAAGGGAAUCGACUCCAACAAAUUGAUUGUGGUGGAUUUUACUGCUUCAUGGUGUGGACCAUGCCGUUUCAUUGCCCCUAUUCUGGCGGAGAUUGCUAAGAACACACCUCAUGUCAUCUUCCUCAAGGUGGAUGUGGAUGAAUUGAAGACUGUUGCUGAGGAAUGGUCUGUUGAGGCUAUGCCAACAUUCCUGUUCUUGAAAGAAGGCAAGAAAGUGGAUAAAGUAGUUGGUGCUAAGAAGGAAUUGCUGCAACAGACAAUAACCAAGCAUGCAACUGCAACUGUUUCAACUGCUUAAAAUAUCAUAUUGAAGAUCAUGGAUAAUAAUAAUAAUAUUUUCGAGUCAGUUUGCAUGUUUUCAUUCAUGAAGAUCGUAGAACAUGAGUAUGUUUGAAAAUAAAUUGUUGCAUUGGCCUACUUCAAAUGAGUACUAUUGACUAUAUGAUAUUUGUAUCAUUAUGAUACUUUGAUGAAAAAUGGUCCCUUUUGGUUGAUGGUUGACAAUUAUGAAUUUGUUGAUGAAAAUGGACCCUUUUGGUUGAUGACUA